GCCGCCGCCGGCCCCGCCGCCCCGCCGCGCCGCAUGCAGACUAACAGGGAUGCCAAAGGAAAAAUAUGAUCCUCCAGAUCCUCGCAGAAUUUACACCAUCAUGUCAGCGGAAGAGGUGGCCAAUGGGAAGAAGUCGCACUGGGCUGAAUUAGAGAUCUCGGGGAGAGUGCGGAGCUUAAGUACGUCGCUAUGGUCGCUGACACACCUGACUGCUCUGCACCUCAAUGACAACAACCUUACUCGCAUUCCACCUGAUAUUGCCAAGCUUCACAAUCUGGUUUACCUGGAUCUGUCAUCCAACAAACUCAGAAGUUUACCAGCAGAACUAGGAAACAUGGUGUCUCUCAGGGAAUUGCUUUUAAAUAACAAUCUGUUACGGGUUUUGCCUUAUGAACUUGGACGGCUCUUCCAGCUGCAAACCCUGGGUUUGAAAGGCAAUCCUUUAUCCCAAGAUAUUCUCAGCCUCUACCAGGAUCCAGACGGAACCCGAAAGCUACUGAACUACAUGCUUGACAAUCUAGCAGUUCAUCCAGAGCAGCUGCCUCCAAGGCCAUGGAUUACUUUAAAAGAACGAGACCAAAUUCUGCCCUCAGCUUCAUUUACAGUUAUGUGUUACAAUGUGUUGUGUGAUAAAUACGCCACCCGGCAGCUCUAUGGCUACUGCCCAUCUUGGGCACUCAACUGGGAGUACAGGAAAAAGGGAAUCAUGGAAGAAAUUGUCAACUGUGAUGCAGAUAUCAUUAGUCUUCAGGAAGUGGAAACCGAGCAAUACUUCACCCUUUUCCUGCCAGCCUUGAAAGAACGGGGAUACGACGGAUUCUUUUCUCCAAAGUCACGUGCCAAAAUCAUGUCCGAGCAGGAGAAGAAGCAUGUGGAUGGCUGCGCGAUAUUCUUCAAAACGGAAAAGUUCACGCUGGUGCAGAAGCACACGGUGGAGUUCAACCAGGUGGCCAUGGCCAACUCGGAGGGCUCGGAAGCCAUGUUGAACAGAGUGAUGACCAAGGACAACAUCGGAGUCGCCGUGGUGCUGGAGGUGCACAAGGAAUUAUUUGGAGCAAGUAUGAAAUCGCUUCACGUGGACAAGCAGCUGCUCAUCGUGGCCAAUGCCCACAUGCACUGGGACCCCGAAUACUCAGAUGUGAAACUCAUCCAGACCAUGAUGUUCGUCUCAGAGCUGAAAAACAUCCUGGAGAAAGCCUCAAGCAGGCCCAGUAGCCCGACAGCAGAUCCCAACUCUAUCCCUCUGGUGCUGUGUGCGGAUCUCAACUCACUGCCCGAUUCAGGUGUGGUGGAAUACCUGAGCAAUGGCAUAGUAGCUGACAACCACAAGGACUUCAAGGAGCUGCGCUACAACGAGUGUCUCAUGAACUUCAGCGGCAACGGGAAGAACGGAGCCUCGGAGGGCAGGAUCACGCACGGCUUCCAGCUCAAGAGCGCCUACGAGAACAACCUGAUGCCUUACACCAAUUACACUUUUGACUUCAAAGGUGUGAUUGACUACAUUUUCUACUCCAACACUCACAUGAACGUGCUCGGAGUCCUGGGGCCUUUGGACCCUCAGUGGCUGGUGGACAACAACAUCACGGGCUGCCCGCACCCGCACAUCCCCUCCGACCACUUCUCGCUGCUGACGCAGCUGGAGCUGCACCCGCCGCUGCUGCCGCUGGUGAACGGGGUGCACCUGCCCUCCCGCAGGUAGUGCGGCCCCGCCGGCCGCCCGCCCCUGCCUCACGGACCUGUACACUUGUAAAUCCCACUGUAUAGGAGUGAAGUAUGGCCAACCUUAAGCUGCUUCUUCGAGCUCCUUUCCUUAUGUGUUUGAUAUGAGAUUUUGCACAUUUUGGUGCAUAUUGGUAUCAUUUGGCACUAGGGCUGGAACCAAAGUAUUAAUUCCCCUUUCCAGGUUUUUAAUUUAAUUUUUGUUUGUGGUUUUUUUUGUUGGUGGUUUUUUUUGUUGUUGGUUUUUUGUUUUUUUUUUUUUUUUACUUUAAACUGGCUUUUUCUUUUCAGUAGGAAGCUGCACUUCUAAAUGGACAAAAGAGAUUUAAAAACUUGCAUUUAACAUAUUUCAAGGUAACGCUUUUUUCCAGAACGUGGCAAAGCGUUGAGCCAACCUUUUAGGAGAAAAAGAAACAAAACCAGAGAUGCUUGUUUUGUAGGAAGAAUAUUAGAAAUACUGUUUGUUUGAAUCCGAAAUGGAGACUCAGCUCUGCAUCCAACAUAAAUUUUGCACAUUAGCAAAGCACUUAAUACCUGACUAUAAACGAUUGGCAGCAUGACCCUGUCCCUCAUCUCGGUACUAUCAGAAAACCAAAGAUAGCCAAGUACCUGUGAUCAAAUUCGAGCUCUAAAUCCUCCUGAUUCCAAUUUGUUUGGGAGCCGUUGUCAGUCAGGGCUGAAUGAAAAAGCUGCUGGUUCCUUCCCAAAUGUUAAUGCUCUUUGGAUGUGUUGGAAAUUCUUGUUUUCUUUCCUUUUAAUGCUCUGGGUGGCCAGUUCAAAACCUUGUGCCUCAAGAGGCAUUAAACAUGAUGCAAUUUUCUAAAAAAAAAACCAAAAAACAAAAAAACACCUGUUCGGCUGCUUAAUGUUUAAAAAAAAAAAGGCACAGUGAUAGGAAAAGGUCGUGUCUGUGUUUUUAAGUUUUUCUUUAUUCUGCUUUUUUGCUGCUAUAAGAUUUUCUUGAAUUUCUAUUUGAAACUUUUCAUGCACUUUACUGUUUCUAGUCUCCAAAUGUGAUAUUUUUAAUAAAUGAAAAACAUUUUCCAUGA